AUGUCGGGUACUUUCACUCUCGAACAAGUGAAGAAGCACGGCAAGCCUGACGAUUGCUGGAUCGUGGUAAACGGUGAUGUCAUAGACUGCACCAAGUAUCUACCCAACCACCCUGGGGGGUCUUUGGCCAUCACUGCCUUCGCUGGCUGCGACUGCUCACUAGAGUUCAACACAGUGCACGAUAAGAGCAUGAUGGAACAGUACAGGGAUCUCAUCAUCGGAAAGGUUAGUGAUGGUAUCACUAUGGAAGAGGUCGCCAAGCAUGGCUCCCCCAAUGACUGUUGGAUCGUCGUUAAUGGCGAAGUGCUAGACGUCACUGACUACAUCAAGGAGCAUCCUGGUGGGGAACUUUCCAUCACAGCUUUCGGUGGCACUGACUGUUCCUUGGAGUACAAUACUGUGCAUGCCAAGGCUUUGAUACAGGAGACCUGUCCUCAAUGUGUUAUCGGGAAACUACUCGUCCCUAAGAAAAAAAAGAAAUCGAAAGCGAAGGCGAAGGGCGUCCUUGAUAUGGACGAAGUGGCUAGGCACAACACCAAGGAGGACUGCUGGGUAGUGGUUAAUGGUUUCGUACUGGCUGUCACUCCGUUUCUGCCUGAGCACCCCGGGGGACCAGAAGCGAUAUUGAAGUAUGCUGGCAAGGACGCGACAGAGGAGUGGAACAUGAUACACUCAUUCGACGUACUUAAACAAUAUGGUGGCAAAUAUAUAGUUGGGAAACUUGGCGAUCCAUUGGGUGGUACCGCGGACUUGGGUCUGACUGUUGAGGAGGUCGCUAAGCACAACACCAAGCAAGACUGUUGGGUUAUUAUCAACGGUACAGUUUUUAACCUCACCGAUUGGCUCCCGCUUCAUCCUGGUGGCGAAAGCGUUAUUCUCAACUACGCUGGCAAGGAUGCUUCUGACGAGUGGAAUGCGAUUCAUCCUUCUGGGACAAUGGAAAAGUACGGGAAGAAAUACGAACUGGGUCCUGUGGAUAGCGGUGGCACUGCUGGGCCUGGUCUCACUGUGGAGGAUGUCGCUAAGCACAACACUAAGCAGGAUUGUUGGGUCAUCAUUAACGGUAUGGUCUAUAACCUCACUGACUGGCUACCGUUGCAUCCUGGUGGGGAGAGUGUAAUUCUCACCUACGCUGGUAAAGACGCCUCUGGUGAGUGGAACUUGAUCCAUCCGGCUGACACCAUUGAGAAGUACGGAAAGAAAUACGAACUAGGGCCGGUGGCCAGCGUUGAGACUGAGGAGGCAUCUGCUGACGUUUUGGACGAGGACGAGGUUGCCAAGCACAACACUGAGAAGGAUUGCUGGAUCAUUCUGGACGGUAUUGUUUAUGAUGUCACUAAGUGGCUCCCGAUUCACCCAGGAGGAGUAGCAGCUAUCCUGGCUUAUGCUGGUAAAGAUGGUACAGAGCAAUUUGAUAUGAUCCAUCCUGAAGGGACCAUGGACAAGUACGGUAAGGCUUACUAUGUGGGCGACUUGGGAGGUCCUAAGCCUAAUGCUGACACUGGCGCUGGUCUCACCGCACCGUUGCUCGAUAAAGGAGGCAGCACUGUGAAUCAAUGGUGGAGGGACGACAGGAACACGGCUCGCCAGUAUGGUCCCUUGGGUCCGUCACUUUCGUAUGAAACCCGUCAGGGUCUUGGUGGUGUUGGCAUUUUGGUUCUAAUGCUGCUCUAUGAAGUAUGUGCAACGAUUUUCAGCGUGAAGAACUACAAGGUGAUUCACGACAAGUCGGGCCUGACCAGGUCUGCUGCCUUCCUUCUCUUUUUCACCAUUAUCCACGGUCUUGGCAAUCUCCAUAUUUUCGCUGGUGCCCCACACUUCAAUGGUUAUGGCUAUUUCCUUAACCAUCCAGUGCCAUGGAGCACUCUGAUGCUACCAAUAGAGGUAUACCUCCUGCUGUGUGGACUUAUGCAUGUUGUCGUUGCUCUUGUGAGAACCUUCAAGUUUAAGAGGCUCAACAUGGGUGUGGACGGCUUGUGGAUGAUAAUAUCUGGCAUAUUUCUUCUGGCUUUCCUUGUUGUCCAUCUUAUCCAGUUCCGUUUCGUCAGCGAGGCCGCCGCUCCCCAGUACUACUUCCGUACCAAGUGGAUGUAUCCCUUCUACUGCAGCGGUGACGAUACCUCUUGCGAGCUUGUCCACUUCAAGGAUCUCUACAAGAUGGAAUUCCAACUUUUUUCGAACCCUUUCUGGGUUUGCUACUACCUCAUCGGCAUUCUAUUCUUCAUAUCGCACGCUCGGGAGGGUCUCAGGAAGAUGGUCAAUUCUCACCCCGUGGUCCCGAGAGCUUACAAAGGGUCGACCAACGCGGUCGGCCAGGUGUUGGUUGUUCUGGUCGGUCUUUGCUACCUCUCUUUUCCGAUUUACAGCUACUUCGCACCGGAAAGAGACUGGAAUGCAUAUGACGCUGCUCAGCGUAGGUUAGUAGUUGGACCUCAAUAAAGUACCUGAAGUUGGCGGGAGUGGAACAUGCAGAGUAGCUCAUAUUCUUUGUUGGUCGGCAGCAUACUGCGGGCUUAGUGCCCGGCCCGACCAGCAGG